AAACUAAACCUAUAUUCCCGGCUGAGAUCAUAUAUACUCUUGUAAUUCUCAACUUUCAUGAUCAUCCCCACUGAAUGACCAGAAGAACAAGAAGCAGCAGGAACAUAUGAUGUUUUCCUGAGUUUCAGAGGGAAAGACACUCAUUUAGGUUUUAUGGAUCACCUCUACCAAGCUUUGGUGAAUGAAAACAUCUCUACCUUUCUUGAUGAGGAAGAGGUUGAAACUGGGGAAGAACUUAAACUAGAACUUGCAAGAGCUAUAAAAAGCUCUCGUGCUUCAAUAAUUGUUUUGUCUAAGAACUACGCAUCUUCAACAUGGUGUCUGGACGAGCUGAUGAUGAUCCUUGAGCAACGAAGGGUCUCUGACCAUAUUGUUCUCCCCAUUUUUUACAACGUUGAGCCUACACAUAUCAGAAAGUAUUUUUGGAGAAGCGUUAUUUGAACACAAACAGAGGAUUGAAUCCGAAAAGGAUGCGAAGAAGAAAACUCAAGGUGCUCAUAAGUUGGAGAUGUGGACGAAAGGACUUACAGAGAUUGCUGAUUUGAAAGGAAAAGAUACAAGCGGAAGAAAAGAGAUGGUGGUCAUUGAAGAAGUCGUGAAAGAAAAUAGUACUACACUGGAACUACACUUGCAAAGGAGAAUGAGAAUCCCACACCUAAUUGGGAUGGACAAUUCUAUUUAUAUCAUCAGUUCCUGGUUAAAACGAGGAUCUUCUGAAGCUGCUGAAAUUCUCACAAUUUGGGGAAUGCCCGGGAUCGGAAAAACAACAUUGACAGAAUAUAUGUUUACGUUGCACCACCAUGAAUUUGAAAGAAGUAGCUUUGUUGAAGGAAUUGGAACAAGAUGUGCACAACAGACAUUACUAGAUUUGCAAAAACAGCUUCUUGGAGACAUUCUCAAGAAAAGAAAGAUUGAAGAAAAUAAUUCAGAUCUGUGCACAUCUAGGGUUGAAAAAGCAUUAUCUAGGAAAAAGACAUUUUUCGUUCUUGAUGAUGUUGAUAACUUUGAGCAACUGGAUGUGUUGAUUGGAACAAAAGGUUUUUAUCCAGGAAGCAAGAUUAUAGUAACGACCAAAGAUGGGUCCCUAACAGAGAAGUGUUCAUUGUUUCGUAUGAAAUUUCCUCCAAAACAUACAAAGCUUGCACUUCAUGGCUUAAGUGACACUGCAUCUAUGAGACUUUUAUGUUGGCAUGCGUUUGGAAACAUUGAUCCCCAGAAAGGUUAUGAGAAAAAAGCACAAUGAGUUGCUAAGUAUUGUGGAGGACGCCCAUUGGCUCUAAAAGUUUUGGGUAGUUCAUUAAUUAAUGAAGAUGUAGCCAUAUGGAGUGAUGUCCUUGAAAUGUUGGAGGCAAAAGGAUAUUUAACUGAUGUAGAAUAGGAAGUACAAAAGGCUCUGAAAAUUAGCUUUGAUACUUUAUCAGGGAACUACAAAGAACUCUUUAAGCACAUUGCUUGCUUUUUUGUUGGAAAAGAAAGAGAAGUUACAAAAACAAUAUUAAAGGAAUGCAGGUUACAAACAUCAUAUGGGAUCACCAAGCUCAUUGAUAGAUGUCUUCUCACAAUUGGAGAUGAUAAUGAGUUUACAAUGCAUCAGCUGCUUCAAGACAUGGGGAGAGAUUUAGUCUGCAAAGAAUCACUUGAUAAGUGUUAUGAAUCAUACUUGAUAGGUCCUUAAGUUAAUAGAUAAUAAGUAUUUUGUAUUCUAGGAAGUUAUCUUGUUUCCGUUUUUAAUUUUUGUAACUAGGAUGUAACAUCCCAAAAAUACGAGCCAAAAAUUUCGUUUUUAAAACAUGUACUUAGCAAAACGUUUAGAAAUAAAUCA